AUGAGCACUGGUCGAACUAUGGAGGGCGCGGGCUGUGUGACCUGGUGGGGCUUCAGUCCUGCGCGUGACCUCCUGCUGUGCAGAGGUGAGAAUCACGUGGCUGACCUUUUUCUUACCUACGUUCUUUUUUAUGGAAAUACCACAGAGUUUUUACAUUUUACAUUUUAGUCAUUUAGCAGACGCUCUUAUCCAGAGCGACUUACAAUUAGUGAGUGCAUUCAUUUUUCAUACUGGCUCCCCGUGGGAAGUGUAGCCCCUAUAGCUAAAACAUGUAGAAAUACAAUUGUAGGAGAUGUUAUGUCAACUGCAUUAUCAGAUAACAUAAGUAUUAUCAUUAGUCCUACAGCUUCCAAAGCUUAUCUUCUUAUUUGGCAAAUUGAUAUGUUAUGUUGUAUUUUUGUUUUAACCACUGCACAAUUAAUCCCUUACCCAAAACAACUGGGCACACACUGGUUGAAUCAACAUUGUUUCUGCGUCAUUUCAAUGAAAUUACAUUGAAUGUCUGUGCCCAGUGGGUAGUAACUGUGAGUGAGAUUUAACCAGACCAAAUUGGGUAAGUGUCUUGCCAGCUGUUUGCAACAAUAAUACGCCGCAAUAUUGCAGAUUGCUGCAUUUUAAUCCCAAUGUAAAUCAAUCCCCUUGUUGUAACAUUUAUGGUGGAGUCUCUCUCUCUCUCUCUCUCUCUCUCUCUUGCUCAGGCUCAGAGAGGCAGGAGGGUGAGGUAAAUGUUUUACUGGUGGGAAGUGGUGACCCAAGACACAUACUCAAGACCAUUGCUGGCCUGAGAGACACAGAUACCCUUCAUGUGAGUUACAACAUUUGUAACUUUAAUGUAUGUCUGUCCCAGUUAGUAACACAAUAACACCAUAAUAUUGUGCUAUGUUAAUGUCGUGUGCAUCUUGAGUGCCCAAGCCAAGGGAUUUCAGUCUUUCAUGUCUUCAGUGGUCGGACUGAAUUUGCAGCACAAGUAUUAGGUCUAUGGUUAAUAAACUAUCACCUGUCUCUGUUUCCUGGCAGAUAUGGGUGAUAGAGAAUAGUAUGGACGUAGUGGCUCGACAACUGCUGCUCCUCUUUCUGUCUCUGACACCCCAGGAGAGCAUGGGACUUCACGGUCAGUCAUAGCGAUAAUCCAUAGACUAUCCAUAGAAACUGCAAUAGAAACAUCAAAGUAGCCUUAUAUCCACUAAUGUUAUGCAUAUACUACAUUAUUUUCUUGCAUGUUGCAAUACAUUUAGACCUUGUAGUAUGUUAAUUAAGUAAGCUUUAAAUCCAAUUGUACCCUGUGUGCUUAUUAUACUGUGUCUGUAUUCCCAGAAAAGACUGAGGUUUUCCUGGAGUUGUUUGGUAACAGUGAGGUCCGCAGUCAGACAGAGGAGACACUGAGACACGUGGCGUCACAACUGUCUCUCUCAGUCACUGAGACACUAGAAAAACCCGCAAAUCCCUGCCUGGACACCACGCAUCUCAGAGUAAGAAACUGUCCGUCUUUUUGUCUACUUAUCUGUCAGAGUAUAUAUUUAAAUUCUUGGAAAUUGAGGACUAAUUUUUUAAAAAUCUACCAUCACAGUAACUUUGGGGACGGAGUGAAUAUGAGGAAUCUUAUAUUGAUAAAUGACCAUUGAGCUUAUAAACCAGUGUUCUUCCACCAUUUCCAAUGCUUCAAUUAUCCAUAAUCCAUGAUUCCCAUUUAACUUUUUCCUUUAAACUUUAACAGUUCAAGGAGCGUGAUGAUUUGGACAGGAUAUUCAAACAAUGGAUCCACCCCCCCUCAUCUGCACGUUCUGCCCCCGUAUCAAUAGCCAAGGCCUGGGACGGCCGGGUCCGGCAGCAUCUGGGCACCCGCUAUGACUCCAGGGUGGGCUGCUUCGACUGGGACCUCACCAUGAAGCUACACCAGAAAGGGGUAUGUAUGUGUUAGCCUGCAGGUCCUAUACAUGGCCUGUCAAAGAUCGUCAAGUUGGCACAUUUUGGGACCAGGCUAGGUAUGUGGCAUAGUGCAGCACAAUCAAGGGAUGUUUUGACAUACACUACCAGUCAACAUUUUGGACACACCUACUCAUUCAAGGGAUUUUCUUUAUGUUUACUAUUUUUUACAUUGUAGAAUAAUAGUGGAGACAUCAAAACUAUGAAAUAACACAUAUGGAAUCAUGUAGUAACCAAAAAAGUGUUAAACAAAUCAAAAUAUAUUUUAUAUUUGAGAUUCUUCAAAUAGCCACCCUUUGCCCUGAUGACAGCUUUGCACACUCUUGGCAUUCUCUCAAUGCAUUUCAAUUAACAGGUGUGCCUUCUUAAAAGUUAAUUUGUGGAAUUUAUUUACUUCUUAAUGCGUUUGAGCCAAGCAGUUGUGUUGUGACAAGGGAGGGGUGGUAUACAGAAGAUAGUCCUCCUAUUUGGUAAAAUACCAACUCCAUAUUAUGGCAAGAACAGCUCAAAUAAGCAAAGAGAAACAACAGUCCAUCAUUACUUUAAGACAUGAAGGUCAGUCAAUACGGAACAUUUCAAGAACUUUGAAAGUUUCUUCAAGUGCAGUCGCAAAAACCAUCAAGCGCUAUGAUGAAACUGGCUCUCAUGAGGACCGCCACAGGAAUGGAAGACCCAGAGUUACCUCUGCUGCAGAGGAUACGUUCCUUAGAGUUACCAGCCUCAGAAAUUGCAGCCCAAAUAAAUGCUUCACAGAGUUCAAGUCACAGACACAUCUCAACAUCAACUGUUCAGAGGGGACUGCGUGAAUCAGGCUUUCAUGGUCGAAUUGCUGCAAAGAAACCAUUACUAAAGGACACCAAUAAGAAGAAGAGACCUGCUUGGGCCAAGAAACACGAGCAAUGGACAUUAGACCAGUGGAAAUGUGUACUUUGGUCUUGAGUCCAAAUUUGAUAUUUUUGUUUCCAGCCGCUGUGUCUUUGUGAGACGCGGUUUUGGUGAACGGAUGAUCGCCGCAUGUGUAGUUCCCACCGUAAAGCAUGGAGGAGGAGGUGUUAUUGUGUGGGGUGCUUUGCUGGUGACACUGUCUGGGAUUUAUUUAGAAUUCAAGGCACACUGUUUUUCAACAGGACAAUGACCCAACACACCUCCAGGCUGUGUAAGGGCUAUUUUACCAAGAAGGAGAGUGAUGGAGUGCUGCAUCAGAUGACCUGGCCUCCACAAUCCCCCGACCUCAACCCAAUUGAGAUGGUUUGGAAUGAGUCGGACGGCAGAGUGAAGGAAAAGCAGCCAACAAGUGCUCAGCAUAUGUGGGAACUCCUUCAAGACUGUUGGAACAGCAUUCCAGGUGAAGCUGGUUGAGAGAAUGCCAAGAGUGUGCAAAGCUGUCAUCAAGGCAAAGGGUGGCUAAAUAUAAAAUAUAUUUUGAUUUGUUUAACACUUUUGUGGUUACUACAUGAUUCCAUAUGUGUUAUUUCAUAGUUUUGAUGUCUUCACUAUUAUUAGUAAACAUUUAAGAAAAACCCUUGAAUGAGUAGGUGUGUCCAAACUUUUGACUGGUACUGUAGGUUAGAAAACCUGGUCCUCUGUAGCUCAGCUGGUAGAGCACGGCGCUUGUAACGCCAAGGUAGUGGGUUCGAUCCCCGGGACCACCCAUACACAAAAAAUGUAUGCACGCAUGACUGUAAGUCGCUUUGGAUAAAAGCGUUUGCUAAAUGGCAUAUUAUUAUAUUAUUAUAGAAAAGGAAAUUCAUGCAACAUAGCUGAUCGUGAUAAACAAAUGGAAUGGCUGGUUUCCUACAUUCUGAAAAGACACCAAAACAAUGACAUAGAUUGUUUAUUAUCUACACUUAUUGAUUCCUGGCUGUUGACAUCUUCUGUUCACUAUGAAAUACAGUGGGGGAAAAAAGUAUUUAGUCAGCCACCAAUUGUGCACGUUCUCCCACUUAAAAAGAUGAGAGAGGCCUGUAAUUUUCAUCAUAGGUACACGUCAACUAUGACAGACAAAUUGAGAUUUUUUUUCCAGAAAAUCACAUUGUAGGAUUUUUAAUGAAUUUAUUUGCAAAUUAUGGUGGAAAAUAAGUAUUUGGUCACCUACAAACAAGCAAGAUUUCUGGCUCUCACAGACCUGUAACUUCUUAUUUAAGAGGCUCCUCUGUCCUCCACUCGUUACCUGUAUUAAUGGCACCUGUUUGAACUUGUUAUCAGUAUAAAAGACACCUGUCCACAACCUCAAACAGUCACACUCCAAACUCCACUAUGGCCAAGACCAAAGAGCUGUCAAAGGACACCAGAAACAAAAUUGUAGACCUGCACCAGGCUGGGAAGACUGAAUCUGCAAUAGGUAAGCAGCUUGGUUUGAAGAAAUCAACUGUGGGAGCAAUUAUUAGGAAAUGGAAGACAUACAAGACCACUGAUAAUCUCCCUCGAUCUGGGGCUCCACGCAAGAUCUCACCCCGUGGGGUCAAAAUGAUCACAAGAACGGUGAGCAAAAAUCCCAGAACCACACGGGGGGACCUAGUGAAUGACCUGCAGAGAGCUGGGACCAAAGUAACAAAGCCUACCAUCAGUAACACACUACGCCGCCAGGGACUCAAAUCCUGCAGUGCAAGACGUGUCCCCCUGCUUAAGCCAGUACAUGUCCAGGCCCGUCUGAAGUUUGCUAGAGUGCAUUUGGAUGAUCCAGAAGAGGAUUGGGAGAAUGUCAUAUGGUCAGAUGAUACCAAAAUAGAACUUUUUGGUAAAAACUCAACUCGUCGUGUUUGGAGGACAAAGAAUGCUGAGUUGCAUCUAAAGAACACCAUACCUACUGUGAAGCAUGGGGGUGGAAACAUCAUGCUUUGGGGCUGUUUUUCUGCAAAGGGACCAGGACGACUGAUCCGUGUAAAGGAAAGAAUGAAUGGGGCCAUGUAUCGUGAGAUUUUGAGUGAAAACCUCCUUCCAUCAGCAAGGGCAUUGAAGAUGAAACGUGGCUGGGUCUUUCAGCAUGACAAUGAUCCCAAACACACCGCCCGGGCAACGAAGGAGUGGCUUCAUAAGAAGCAUUUCAAGGUCCUGGAGUGGCCUAGCCAGUCUCCAGAUCUUAACCCCAUAGAAAAUCUUUGGAGGGAGUUGAAAGUCCGUGUUGCCCAGCGACAGCCCCAAAACAUCACUGCUCUAGAGGAGAUCUGCAUGGAGGAAUGGGCCAAAAUACCAGCAACAGUGUGUGAAAACCUUGUAAAGACUUACAGAAAAUGUUUGACCUGUGUCAUUGCCAACAAAGGGUAUAUAACAAAGUAUUGAGAAACUUUUGUUAUUGACCAAAUACUUAUUUUCCACCAUAAUUUGCAAAUAAAUUCAUAAAAAAUCCUACAAUGUGAUUUUCUGGAGAAAAAAAAUCUCAUUUUGUCUGUCAUAGUUGACGUGUACCUAUGAUGAAAAUUACAGGCCUCUCUCAUCAUUUUAAGUGGGAGAACUUGCACAAUUGGUGGCUGACUAAAUACUUUUUUCCCCCACUGUAAAUACUGACUGUGCUCAGCCUACUGAUUGUCAGUGAAACAAAGGCCUAAUGUUCUUUCCCUUUCCCUCUCUUUCCUCACUUCAGUGUGGCGUCAUCAACAAACAGCACUACAAACUAUGGAGGGAGCGGGGCGUGGCCUUUGAGAUGAGGGAGGGCAUCUACCAAAUGGCGAAUGAGAGCUUACUCUCCAUGCGAGUAUUCAGUCAUGUAAGUUAUUGUUUCUUUUGACGAUUUUGGCAAUGGCAAUGUUGUGGUAAAGAAUGGGGCGGCAGGUAGCUUAGUGGGUAAGAGCGUUGUGCCAGUAACCGAAAGGUCGCUGGUUCUAAUCCCCGAGCCGACUAGGUGAAAAAUCUGUCGAUGUGCCCUUAAGCAAGGCACUUAACCCUAAUUGCUCCUGUAAGUCGCUCUGGAUAAGAGCGUCUGCUAAAUGACUAAAAUGUAAUGUAAAUGAAUGGUGGUGUAUCAUUACCCUCUUCUUCCCUGUGUGUGUGUGUGUGUGUGUGUGUGUGUGUGUGUGUGUGCAUGUGCAUGCGUGCCUGUGUAUAGAGGGGUGACAAAAUGGCAAUGAGGGGAUACUGGGGAGACAUUGUGUCCAGUCCUUACCUCUCCUUUGGCAUCGAGACAGAUGACGAGAAACCGCUGCAGAAACAGAAUGGGCAACACGUCAAGGUAAUAACAUGUAAUAACAUUGUCUAAACAUUGCAAUUCUUUGUAUUAACUUGUAAUAAUAUUGUAUUUAUUGUUGAAGUUUUGAUAUUGAGUAGAUCAUGCCUGAGGUAUAUCCAAAUAAUAUAUCUCAUAAAUAAUUCCGCUUUAUGUCUGUAUCCUGUUAGAUGAGCCUAUGAGAUACUGUAUGUAUGUAUGUAUGUAUGUUUGUGUUUUUUAUGAGAAACCAUGUUUUCAUCUAACCAUGUUUAUGCAUAAAGUACCUGUCGGAUAAAAAACUCACGACAGGCUUGAUGGAAACAGCAAAUUGUCCGUAAACUUUCCUAAAUGUUGACAAUGUUGGGAAAUAAAUCAUGCGACAAAUGGCAGUGGAACCGCUUUUUGGCACAAUUGUUGAAAACCAUCAUGUCGAAGUAAACUGCAGUCACUUGAUGCUAUGUUGUGUGGUCCUGCCACUACGACUUGGAAAAGCAUGCAAAGUAGGCUAUAAAUUGAUGAACUUCACAGGGUGGUGACAGUGCACGGUGAUGAGCUUGAUGCUCAUUUCCAAUAAAUAUAUUGAGGGUCCUAAUUUGUUUGCUGGUGACAUGAUCAGUGCUUGGCUGCCAAUUGAGAAUUAUCGCACUGGGCACAGAUGUCAAUUCAACGUCUAUUCUACAUUGGUUCAACGUAAUUUCGUUGAAAUGACGUGGAAACAAUGUUGAUUCAACCAGUGUGUGCCCAGUGGGAUCUUUCUCUUAUCCAUAAUCUCAUCAUGUACCCUCUGCACUGUAUCUGCGAGCCGUUGGCUAAAAUGCAUGUGUCCUCCAGACCAGAGUGGGCUAAUUUGCUGUUUAUCGCAAUACUUUUUGUGGUAAAACCAUUGAUAGAGUUAAAAAUGGGAUGGAAACACAAACUUUCCUUUUCUUUAUUCGGUAAAUGAAAAGUUUUGCGGCAAAUUUUGUUAUGUACACUACAUCAUUACACAGUUUGAUGGAAACACACCUCUGCCGGUAAAAUGUGCAUAUCGAUCGAAUAUUAGAAUAUUCGCUUGAAAAUCAUUCGACAAAUGAAUGGAAACCUAGCUAGAGAUAUGAUUUAAAAUGUAUGCAUUUAUUUUCCCCUCUCAUGCCACUUUCUCUCCAUCGCUGACAGACAGCCCAGGAUAUCUCGUAUGUGAACGUGCAGGCGUUGUUCAAGUCUUUGUCCAGUAGAGGGGGCACUCCCCCUGCUCAGCCAUGCAGUGAGGAGGGGAAAGCCCUUGUAACAGUGGAGCCAGCUUCACAACCUGAAGCUCAUCACAAAUCACAAAUCAACGGUAAAACUCCCAAUGCUGAACAUUGCCUUGAAAAACACUGUCAUAUACUAUGUCCUGCUGCACUAAGCUAAAGUAUAUAGCCUAUAAUGUUGGUGUUGACUGCAAAGUAUUAUACCAUAUACCUGACACAGUAAAAUACUGUACAACCCACUAUUGCACUAUGUAUUUUAUCCUGUAAAAUUUAUUGUAUUAUUUCUAUUUAUUUUAUCUUAUACAAUAAAACACUUUCAGAGCUCAUGCACCUGAAUGGGGUGUCAGUGACUUUCCUGCCCCUGGAUUCUCUCUCUAAACUGCCAGAGAAACAGAAAUACUCCCACUUUUUCAACAGCAUCUACUGUGCUGCCAGGUAAAUAAAAAUAAAUAAAUAAUACUCCAGCAACACUCCUUGUUCAUUUCAAAACAUUGAUUAUCACACAAGCGUAUUUAUAAAAACCUAUUACCAUUGUGAACUCCAUGACCUGGAAUGAGGAACAAUGUAUUAUGUUAAACGCAAUACCUUCUUGGGAUCGUCACUCGAGCAGUGAGGGUUACUGUGGUUCCACCGUUCUGCUGCCAGUGAGUUUUACAGCCUGUAUCUCUCUCUCUUCCUCCUUCCUCUUCUUCACUGUGAAGUAUGGUGCACCAUUUGAGCCCGACACUGAGACAGAUUGCUGCACCCAAAGCCGCGCUCGUGGUGGAGCUGGCCAAGUGAGUGUCUGUCAUACUUGUGACUGUUGCCAUUUACUUGUUGUAUUUCACUCAUUGUGCAACGCUCAUUGUAUUUCACUGUAUUUGCAAAUCAGUUUGUAUUCACCCACACAAUAAUUGGUUAAUUGCAUAUCAUACUUUUAAUUGUAAUUAACAUAAGAAUAUACACAUUGUCAAUGGGUGAUUUGCUGCUGUUGACAGGUCAUGAUUUUUCCAAUCCAUUUUUCCUGUGUUUGAGGUGUGUAUGAUGAUGGGCUGUUCAGUGACUGUGUCCUCUCCAUAUGUCUCAGGUACCUAUUGGAUCUUACCAAGGAGCAGGAAGUGGGGUUUGCUGAGAAAGUCGGUGACAUCGCCAAAGAGGCGGGGUUUGAGCCCUCACGGGAGGAGAAGAGUGAUGUUUAUGCCACGUUCACAUUACAGAAGGAGUGA